AUGGAGAGCUUGAUGUUCCCGGGCGAUGCCACGUCCCCGACGCCUUCUUUCGGUUUGUGGGACGAGAUCGAGGACAACGGCAAGUUCAGCAGCUUGAAGAGGAAGCACGACGACACGCUGAGCGACGAGCUUCUCACCAUGCUCAAGGACGCGGGCUUGGAGAAUAUGGCGUUGGAAGUAGGCACCGUGCAGGGGGGACAGAUCGCGGCACUGCAGGAUGGAAAGGACGGAGGACUAGGAUCUGCAGCGAAAAUGUUGCGGCCCUUCGCUGCAGCAGGCGACGCCACCUCCCCGGUAGCCAUGACAGCGUCGGCCAUCUUCUCGCCGAACCCGAGGGGAACAGCGCCCCCGCUCGACUCCCCCCUCCUCCUCAAGCGAUCCCUGGGCUCCCCUGCCCCCCCGAUGUCCAUGACGGCUUCCGCGAUCUUCUCGCCAAACCCUAGGGGGCACCGGGUUGGCGUUGGCGGGGGGGCGCUGUCGCACCUCACGGAAUCUCCCGCGGCGAUCAAGGGCACUGACCUGAGGCAGGCCGCCUCUGCGGAGUCCGACUCGCCUCCAAAGUCUAAAUCCAAGAAAUCGCGGCGAACACUCCCCCCAGCGACAGCCGCACCACCAACGAGAGAUAUUCCGCCGCCGGAACCGGUCCCACCCCCUCCGGCGGGCCGCACUCGGCGAGCAUGCACCCACUACGGCGCGGAUGCGCCAUCUGACACGGCGCUGCAAACGAAGAGGACGAAGAAGCCGGAGGCCAAGCCUAACAAGGGCCUCCGACAUUUUAGCGUCAAGGUUUGUCGGAAGGUGGAGGAGAAGGGAACCACGACGUACAACGAGGUGGCCGACGAGCUGGUGCAGGAACUCGCGGCGGAGGGAAAGCUCGGAACGGGCAAGGAACCCCACUACGACGACAAGAACAUUCGGCGAAGAGUAUACGACGCCCUGAAUGUGCUCAUGGCCAUCGACAUCAUCUCCAAAGAUCGCAAGGAGAUCAAGUGGAAGGGAUUGCCGGAAAAUUCCUCUCGAUCAGGACUGAGGGCUCUCCAGCAAGAGAAGCAGGAUCGCGAGCGCUCGCUGGACGCAAAGAAGAGUCAGCUGGCGGAUCUUUUGGUACAGCAGAUCUCCUUCCGAAACCUGGCCCGCAGGAAUCGUUCUCGCGCCGCCGCAAGGGCGGCCGCUGCUGCUGCCGCGGCCGCUGCUGGGAACGGGGCGGAGUGCGCGGAAGAGCAAGAUGCCGAAGAGGUUGCGGCGUCAAAGAUCUUCGUUCCCUUUAUCGUGGUGAGCUCCAGUCAUGACACCGUCAUCCAGUGCGAGAUGGCCGAGAACCGCGAAGACGUGUUUUUCAACUUCAGCCACGAGUUCCAGAUUGCGGACGACAACGAGAUACUCAAGCGCCUGGGCAUGCACAAGUGUCGGAAGCAGGACCUUCCGGUGCUGCUGGCUCGGGAGCUCAUACCGCGGGUACCACCCGAGGUGUACAGCCGUGACGAUGCUGAAGGCUCUCCUUCGUCUUCUUCCACCCCCUCGUCUCCUACCUCCUCCUGCUCCGAUUACUCCCCGACGUAG